AUGGCAUUCUACGCUCGCUAUAUACCCCCAACCUCGCUGUCUUCCAUCAAAUCAGAAGAUUUGCUCAAAUCCUCGAAGCACAAGGAGGAUUCCCGCCAUGCUAAUGCGGCGCCGCCGGCAAUUCGAUCGCCGCAGAAGAAAUCAAGGGUUCCCAACAAUUCCUCUCGCCCGGAACCUUCGAUCAACCCGGAAAGCCAUUCAAAUACGAGCUCUGUCGAGAAAAAGAAGAAGAGUCGUGAUGCCAAUGGGACGGGGGGCGUACGGCGUGCGAGGUCGCCGAUGGAGACCAGUCCCACCUCAGAGGCUUCGAGGGCCGAUUCGCCAGGCCAAAGCGAACACAGAGCACAGGGGUCUCAUGAGGCGGAUGAAGAACCUUCGCCUGCUCUAAGCUCUCCUGAAACCUCUCCCAGCCACACACAGACGAAAUCGAAACAGCCGAAAAGGAAACGGAUGGCCGACGACGAUCUCACGGUGGUGGAAGCCGCACCGCCAGCGAAGCACGCAAAAAUCCUCUCCAAGUAUGAAAGAUACACAGUUCAAGCACCCAAGGCUUCCGCUGCUGAGGAACCGGGGCCUGAUCUGGAACCAGUCGAUCAACUGGCGGAAGAGAUUUCUACACAUGGUCUUACACCUUUGCCGCAGCCGGCGCAGGCGCCGGAACACUCCCAGCAGCCUUCCUACGCAACCCUCCCGGAAUGGCUGGCGCACCCAGUUGUGGUCUCUCCUGAUACUCAUCUACCCUUUACAGAGCUUGGACUCCACCCGAAACAAAUCUCUACCCUCCAAAGCCAAGGGUAUUCUAAGGCGAUGCCCGUCCAGUCAGCUGUCCUUCCACUGGCUUUGAAGAGCGAGCAUAGGGGAGAUAUCUGUAUUUCUGCCGCCACAGGAUCUGGGAAGACCCUUUCCUACGUCCUUCCUCUUAUUUCGACGAUUGAACCAUCACCCGUCAGUCAAUUACGAGGUUUAAUCAUCGUGCCAACGCGUGAACUUGUGAAGCAAGCCCGAAACACCUGUGAACUUUGCGCUGCAGGCACAGGCUUGCGGAUCGGAACUGCUGUGGGGUCUACGGCUUUAAAGGAUGAACAGUCAGCGCUGAUGGGCCAAGAGCAGGUUUAUAAUUUUCAAGCUUGGAAGGGGAAAUUUAGUUCUGUCAUGACUGUCAGCGACUGGACGAAUUUUGAUCUUCAAGAAUAUGUAGCUGAAGUCAAGGAGUGCCGUGGCGCUCUGCCUAAUCACUUUGCAAAGACUUCGCCAAAUAUCGAUAUCCUGGUGUCGACCCCUGGGCGCCUUGUAGAUCACAUCCGAUCCACCAAGGGAUUUACCUUGAAGCAUCUAAAAUGGCUAGUCAUAGAUGAGGCUGAUAAGCUACUAAAUGAGAGCUUUCAGGAAUGGUCUCAGACUGUGCUUCAGGCGGUAGAAUCAAAAGGCAACGAUGAUGCCCAUCCGGUCCCUAAAGAUUUAUGCAGCUUACCUAAAGAGCAGACCGUUCGGAAGAUAAUAUUAAGCGCCACGAUGACAAGAGACAUCACGAAGCUGAACUCACUGCGGUUGAUAAAUCCCAAACUUGUGGAGGUCCGCGCCCUCGACAACAGCAAAGGAAUGUUGCCGUCAUUGCUAACAGGGCCUCCUAACACCUGGGUUGAAGGCUAUCAACUCCCUCCAACGUUAAAUGAGAUGUUUGUGCCGGUGGGAGACGGAUCUGACAAGCCGCUCUACUUGCUUGAGCUGAUGGCUUCUCAUUUAAACAUUGAGGCCCAGGGACCCAUACCUGAUCUACCUAGGCUUGACAGGCCGUCUGCUACUUCGCCUUCAGGCUCCGAAGAGUCAUCAGACGAUGAUUCUUAUCCUGCGCCCUCCACAGUUUCAAAUUCUGGCUCUCCCGACAGCCUGCCGGACAUUCCCGCUUCAUCGCGUUCCGCGUUGAUAUUCACAAAAUCAUCAGAGUCUGCGUUGCGAUUGGCUCGUCUUCUUGCGCUCCUAAGUCCCUCUUUCGCUGAUUGUAUUGGGGUUCUAGUUAAAUCCAACAAGUCAAGCACAGCCCGAAAGACCAUGGCCGCAUACCGGCAAGGCAAAAUCCGGGUCGUCGUCGCUACCGAUCGUGCUUCCCGAGGGCUUGAUCUCCCCGCGUUAGAUCAUGUUAUCAGCUAUGAUGUACCUACGAGUGUAACCAGCUAUAUCCACCGCGUGGGUCGGACAGCUCGCGCUGGACGGAGAGGAGUGGCAUGGACGCUCGUCGCUCAUAACGAAGGGCGAUGGUUUUCAAAUGAAAUCGUCAAGGGUGCGUUGGACAGAGGUUGUCGGUCUGUCAAAAGGAUGACCAUCAAACCUUCCACUGAUAGUGACUUACGAGAACGAUACGCGUCUGCCCUCAAGCAGCUUGAGAAGGAAGUUGUUAAAAGGCAUAAAAAACACUUGGCCGUCGAUGUGUGA